AUGGAGGUGGAUGAGGAUGGAAGACGCUCUCCACACGAUCAUGUGGAUCGGUGUGUUCCCGAGAGCUUCUUUGAUCGCGUAACGCAAGGGUUACGCGACGAUCUCGAACAUGAGCGGGACAGGCGUCUCCAAAUGGCGGACACUGUCUCAAAGCAUCGAGCUGAGUUUGCCUUUGCUCAGCUUGAGAACGAGAGAGCUCUGACAUCUCUUCGUGACGAGCUAAGGGUAUCUCGUGGGAUUGUUGAUCGGUCUCGGGAUAAGAUAAAUGCUCUUCAGACCCUUGUCGAUGCCCACCAUCGGAAGCACAAGGCUCUCUGCGAGAUGCUUGAGCGCAAGGGUGUUCUUCAUCGGAAGAAGCAGCGUACUGAUGGUACGGCUUAA